AUGGCACGUACAAAGCAGACUGCAAGACUAGCCAGUCAGAUUCCCAAUCUCGUUGAUACCGUUAAAGCGGUGAAGGAGUAUUCGAGUAUAAGUAAGAAAUCAAAACCUCCGGACAAACAAAUGGCUCCAAUUAAAUGUAACAAGAAUAAAAAGGAUAAGAAUGUCUUAGUAACUCCUCCAUCCAGACCUCCCCGCAACCAAAAAUACCUAAAUGUGGGUCUAUUACGAGGAAAAAUACCGAGUGAGGUAGCCCUAAUUAUUCGCCAACCCAGAGAACCAUGUGUUGAUUCCUCUAGAUCGUCGUCUUCAUCAUCUGCUGAUGGUGAUAAAGGUAAUGGUGGUGAUAAAGGGAAUGGUGGUAAUGGUGGUGAUGGAUUGAAUGGUGGUAAUAAGGUGGCAGAGAUAGAGGAAAAGGGGGAUCAAGGUAAUGAUGAUCAAGGUAAUUAUGAUGAUGAGGAUGGAAAUGAUGGUGGUAGCAGUGAUGAAGAGGAUGAUGAGGAUGAUGGUAAUGAUGGAAAUGGUAAGAAAAGAAAUGAUGGUAGUAGCGGUGAUAAUGAUGAUGAUGAUGAGGAGAUUCAGGAGGAUGUUGCGCAACCACAGCCACAGCUACAGCCGAAGCCGAAGGAGAAAGUCCCAAAUAAACCAAGCGCGCGACAUAUUCCACCCAUGCGUUUGCAGCUUACUCGUCUACCCGGUGGGAAAGCCAGAGGAUCAUAA